AUGAAACUACGUAACCUCGAAGCUGAUGAUAAAUUAAUUCAUGAUGAAGGAAUUGAAAAUCUUGAUGUCGAAGAGCUACAAGCUGCAUGUCGUGAUCGCGGUAUGCGUUCGUAUGGUGUAAGUGUUGAACGUUUACGUUCGCAACUCCAACAAUGGCUUGAUCUUCACCUGAAUAAACGUAUUCCGUCGACAAUUUUACUUGUAUCACGUGCGCUUUACUUACCGGAAAAUAUUCCUCAAGAAGACAUACUCAAAGCAGCUAUUCAAUCGUUACCUAAAGCUAUCGAUAGUGUGACGGCUGUGAAGAUCGCUGAAGUGAGUGGUGAACGUGUCGAUAACACCCAACGUAUCGAGGCAAUUAAACGUGAAGAUGAAGCUAUUCGAAAAGAAAAGGAAGAGAAAGACAAAGAUAAGAAAGUAUCGGAAGAAGAGCUCAAGAAGAAGAAACUUGCUGAACAAGUCGUAACACCAACUAUACCGGCGGAUAUUCGUAAGAGUGAGAUUCUUGUCGACAAAGCACCCGUACUUGCCGAUGCGAAGAAGAAAGACGAUCAACAUAUUGAUGUCGGACAAUUCGAAACUGCUCUUGAACAACUAGUUAGCCAAAAAGCACAGGAAGUUCACGCAACUGUGGAAGAAAUCAAAGAACUCAAAGAUGAUGUCAAAGAGUAUAAGGAAGAUGUGAAAGAAUUCGAAACAUUGGCAGCUAGUAAACACUUGAAACAUUUGAGCGAAACACGUUCUGCGAAGGCACUUUCCAAACGUAUUGAUAAACUCGUCGGCGAUCUUGAUCAAAUUGUCAACACCUUGGACAAGAAACAAGAUUCAUUGAAGAAGGAUAUCAAGUCGAAAGAAGAUAAAUUAAAGGAAGAGAUCGGUAUGAAAACGGAUCAAAUCCAAGAGCAUAAAGAUUUUCUAACCGAGAAAAAAGAAAUACUCGUUUCAACACAAGAAUUGGUCAAUACCAUUCGACAAAUUCAAAAAGUAUCCAACCAAAGCCUCGAUCCUCAAGUGUGGGAUAUAAUCAAUCAAUUCGAUCAUAACAAAGACGGUUUUAUUGAAGUUGAUGAAAUCUUAAAAGCACUCGAAAUCAUUGAAAAUGAGAAAGUGCAGAUUUCGAAGAAACAUUUGAAAGAAAUCAUCGAUCUUGUUCGUAAGGAACACAUGAUUGAAGAAAAGGAAAAGAAAGAAGAAAUGGAAGCGAAAACAAAGCAAGAUACAUCAACGCCUGCUAAGAACGUUUAA